AUAAUAUAUAAAGCAAAUGUAUUAAAGGAAAAAAAAUAUAUAUAUAUAUAACUAUUAAUACAAAAAAGUAACAUGUUUCUAAUGACUAUUAUGGAUUAUGCUUACUGACAAUGAAAUUGUUAUGGCUAAUUUGAAUGAUGCAGUGUAUAGUAAAAAAUACAACAAAACAGAAAAACAAAAAUGUAAAAAGUCUUUGAUAAGAUCACUUUUAUACUUAGUACCAGAAAUAAUGCUGCAUUCUCUUGAUGUAAAUUUUCCAAUAUCAAAAAACUUUACUUCAAUACUUGACAUUAAUGCAAGUUUAAACAAACAUAAUUCAAUAUUAGAAACAAAUAUUGUGUAUUCUAACAACAGUAUGGAAAAAAAAAGAUUAACUUUACAAGCACCAAAAAAGUUUGUUUCUCAAGCAGGUUUGGCACAAAGACAUAAACAAGCAAAGAGCUUUUAUUGGAAAGUUAUUGCACAUUUUAUAGAAAAGGCAGGUGCGUUUGAGGAUAUCCAAUCAAACUUUUACACUAGUUUGUUGAGUUUUUUUUUAUUUAAGCCUAAAAGUACAUCACUAACUCUUAGUCCUUAUGGUCAAUCAAGUUUAUUAUCAAGUUCAGUUCUAAAAUGCUCAUCCAAAUACAUGCAAUGCUUUUACUCAAUGGUUAUUGAAAAUGGAUCAUUUCUUUUGCAAACAUGCAGUUUUUUACCAGACUUUCGAAUUUAUAUUCUAUCAAGCAAAGUUGCAAGUCAAAUUAUUGUGAUUAAGGAAAGAAUUGAUGGAUUAAAAGAUGAAAAGUAUUCAUUGUGUCCUAAUAUCUUUCUUAAAAAGUUGUUUAACAUUCAAGCAUCAGGUGAUUACAAAUUUUGCAUACUUGGAUGUAAAUAUGUAAAGCUUUGUUUGUCUUUUAAUCAUGCAAUCUAUUUGCAACCUCUGUUAAAAUUGGAUACAAAACUGAAAAAAAUUGAGUCUAAAAUUUGUCAGCUUAAACUUGAGUGCAAACCUGAUUUCAAAAUAGAAAAUAAUAUUCGUAAGAACUUCACUAUAAUUUUAAAAUGGCUAGAAAUGGUAGAAAAAAUGUUCUUGUCUGUCAAAAAAGCAGAAAACUUUGAAGCAUUUAAAGAUUCAUGUUUGAGUUUCUCUAAACUUGUUGCAGAUCUCCAAAUAUAUGCUAACCUGAGUGCAGUAUGCUACAAACAGUUGAUGCUCUUGCGAUGUCAUUUAUGGUGUGUAGAACAUUUAGAAAACGAUAUGAAACACAUUUCUGAUCGCCUAGAAUACAUCAAGUUGUUUUCAAUAAGUAUUCAAAAAGAUUUUGACUUGUACCUUCAAUGUUUUCAGCAUCUGCAUAAUGUUUUACAGUGUUUGGCAUGGUUAAAAGAGGUACUUGUUGUUAUGGGAGUCAAAGUUGUUUUUAUUAAUGAAGAAGAUAUUGCAAAAAAAUUAUUAGGAAUCAAGAAUUUAGAAGAAAUCUUUAUUAGCAAGGCUGCCAAAGUGGACAAAGUUAUAAUUAAAGGGAAAAAACUUUUAAGUAAAGGUUUUUUAAUACCUUUCUAUUAUAAUUUUUGUUUGACCCAACUGGAAGAAGAAUGGAUAAGAGUUAAGCAAUUGGUUAAAGUUAAAAUAUAUGACUCAAAAAACUUCAAAACAAAUUGGAUUAUAUUUAAUCAAAAGCUCAAUCAAAUAAUAGAAAAUAUUGGUAAUAUAGAAAUUCUAUUUUUUAACUUAAAAUCAAUGCGUACUUUUAGUCAAGCAAUCAAUGAUGAUCUAAUGAAGUUCAGUUUGAAAUGCAUUUCAAUGUUAUUAGAGCAAGCUAAUCAUUUGAAUAGUAUUUAUGUUCUUCAUGAAUGUGUGCUAAAACAUAAGUUGUCAAAUGAUCUAAACUACAUGUUGCGUCAGAAACUAGAAAAUGUUUUUUUUAUAAAAAACUCUUUAAAAUUUGAUUUGGAAACAUAUACAAAUAUCUUAAUAAGUGAUUGUUCAAAAGAGACUUUUCAAGAAUCUUGUGAUAAGUUAAUUAAAUGGUUUCAUGAUAUUGACAGUGUAUUAAAUUCAUUUUGGUCUGUAAAAUCAAAAGAUAUUAAAGAAAAGCACAAAGGAAAGCCUGUGAUAGAGUUAGUGAAUAAUAUACCAUUGAAGAUUUUUUCCAGCUUUCCAGCAACAUAUAAAGCGGAAAUCUUAAGGGAAAGUUGGGUUCAUCAAGAGCUUUUUUUUAGACUGACCCAAUUGAUGAAAUGGUUAGAAAGAAAAAAAAAGUUGGUGUAUUUAUCUGAUAAAAUAUAUAUUGGAAAUUUUCAAAAUGCUUCAAAUUAUAAGCUUGAACAAAAGGUUCAAAUAGACCCAAUGACUACCAACAAGCUUGAUCUAUCUACUCCUGGAGAAAAAAAAUGUUACUCAUGCUUUGCAAAGCAUUUAGAAGAUAAAAUCUGUUGUUUCUCACAUUUAAAGAAAAAUUCAAAAGAAGAAAUUUCCUUUCAUUCAAGUGUAAUGAAUUCAGAACAGAAACUUCCCUCUAGUUGUAUUACGAAGACUUCUUCAAGUGAAUGUUUUCAAAAAGAAAAGUAUUUUCAAGAUGUCAUUAUUGAAUAUGAGUACAUCAUUGAUGAAUUUGAAGUUCUUCACAUUCAAACUAUUGAAGUUUGUGAUGAUGAAUUCUUUGCUGAAGAGACAAAAUUUCAAAUGGUUGCUUCUAAAAAGAAUAAUACUAUGAUUAAAAGUGAAGAAAAAUCAAGAAAAGAAUCAAAAAAUAAGUUUUUCUCCUCAAAUAAAUCACAACAAUGUGUGCGGUUGGCUAAAAUUCACAGUGGUAUACAUAAUUCUAUAUUCAAUUUUAUUUUGAAAUUAAAUGAAUCAAGCCUGCCUGAAGAGAAUAUUAUUUUACUGAAAAUUGUCAAUGACGAAAUGGACAGUUUUAAUAACCGAAGUGAUUACUCUGAUAUCAGUAGUUUAAAAAAAUCUAAAAAUUUUUUGAUUGAGAUUGUUCCAACAAGAAAAUGUAAAACGAUCGAACUAUAUAGCACAUGUUCAGAAAUGAUUUCAGAGUGUGGGUAUCAUACUCUCUUGUUGAAAGAAUUGCUUAACCGGGCAAUCUUUAGGUAUAUAACAAACAACAUCAGUGCAAGACACUUAAUGAUUUGCAAUCAAAAAUUAAAAUUAAACACGUCUUUAGGUAAAAUAAAAGAUCAUGAUUUGAUGAUUCCUUGCUUUAUUACUGAUUAUUGCGUUAGCAGAUCUUUAGAUAAAAAGUUGAAGAGUAUGAUAUCCGUUUGGAAAUCCAAUGUCAUGAAAAAACUUGAAGCUAUGCCUCAGUAUCAAUUAGAUUAUAAAUCUUUAAAAAAUGCAGAAAGAAUAUUCAACUUAAACCAAGCAACCCUUAAUGAAGUAAGUAAUACUAUUAAGUUGAUUGAGACAAGCAAUGAUUUGAUCCAGAAAAGUAACAUAUUGGAUUCGCGCUCUUCGAAUAAAUACCUAGAAUACAUAACCUGCGUUACCGAAAUCAAAGAGCUUUAUCAUAUUUGUUUGCAUCGUCACGAAAAAAUGAAGUUCUUAUUAGAAUCAUGCAUACACCUACAAAGUGUUCAACAAUUACUUUUACCUGGUCCGCAAUUUUGGGAAUGUUUCAAAAAACAAGCUGACGAUAUAGCUAUGCAAAUUAAAAUGUUUUGCUUUUUAAAAAUUAAUCUACAUAAUACUUUAGGUGAAUUAGUUACCUUCGAUAUUUUCUCAGACUACGCAGAAGGUUUACAGGAAAUUGUUACAACUAUUCUACUUUCUAUAGAUAAAAAACUAGCCGAGUUAAAGAUUGCAAAAAAUACUGUUCAAUUCAACAUAAAGUUACUUGCCUACCUAAAAGAAUUUGUUGAAGACUACUUGGAAGAGAUAGACAUGUCGGAGCAAUACUUGAAUGUUGAAUAUGAAGAUUUCAGAAGUCUUGCCACUUUAAAAGUUGUUUUAAGAACUGUUUCCUUAGCUAUUACUGAUCACAGGACGAAAUUGGACAAGAUAGUGUGUUUAAGUAAGGAAUUUAAAGGUGCAUUACCCCCGUAUGAAAGUUCAAUGUUGUCAGGUUUUGUUCAAAGUUGCAUUAAUAAAACACAUGAGAUAGAGGAUACUGUUAUAAUCAAAAAUAAAAAAAUUUCUGUCUUGUUAGAAUUUGAAGAGCAUUUUAAAUGGGUCGCAAAAAAAAGUUUGAAGAUGGCUGAAAGACUAUUCAUAUUGUGUGAAUCAGGUUGUGAUGUUAAUUUGUUUAUUAAAUAUCUCCUUAAAUAUAAAUAUAAUAUUCAGUGUUUAGUUAAGUUGUAUGUAAAAGAUACACUUUUGUGUCUUCCUGAACGAGACCGAGCCGAUUUGGAUGUGAUUUUAACUAAUGCAAAAAAAACAUUCUUUAUUUUGACUGAUUUGCUAACUAAAAAAUUAUAUUUUCAAGGUUUUGCACUUUACACAAAUAACUAUUUUUUUUUACAAAGUAAUAUUAAUUACGAAAAGAACUUUUAUAACCAUAAUCUUUCAAAAGUUUGUCACAUGGUAAAUGAUGAUUAUGUCAAUAAUAUGAAAAAAAUUCUUGACAGCGUAAUAUGUAAUCAUUGCUAUCAUACUGAUCAAACAGCAACCAAAAAAAACAAUUUUAUUGGCAAUGAAUUAAUUAUUUUAACUGAGGUGCGUGAAGUAAAUAAUAAAAUGCGAGAUAAAGUUAAAAGCAAACUCAAAACUUUCUCUAAUGGAAAAUUAUUUCUUCAUAUAAAUGAAACUUCUAAACUGAACGAAUGUUUUGAUUUUUCCAGGUUUGACCCACUAUUCAUUAGAAAUUACGAAUUACUAAAAAUGAGAAAGACAAAAACUUUUCAAGGAGAACCAGAGAUGUUUUAUAUUUUUAAAACUGUAAAAUGCAUUUUAAUUAAUGAUCUGAUAACAAAUAACUUUUUUAUAAUUAUUGGAAGUAAUAAAAUUUUCUGCGAAUCAAUCAUGUUACACUUAUUUUUAAACAACAGCUUUGAUGACAUCAGAAAACUUUUUUUCAAUUUUAACAUUUGCGCUCAAGGCAAGAAUAUCAAAUCCUGUGAUCGAGGCAAAAACAAUCAACUACUAUAUAAAUGUAAAAAACAUGUUUUGAGAUCCAAGCAAGAUAUUGUUAAUGAUCGAACUCUUCUCUAUGAAAAAAGAUUAAAGUUUGAACGAGCAGAAAAAAGUUUGGAGAUAGCAAAAGAUCGAAUGAAUGAAGAUUUUGAUUUGAGAUUCAUUGAAGAGUUUUGUUUUAUGAGUCCACAAGACAGUUUAAAAAGGAAAUCUCUGAAAAGAUUUUUUACACUAAAAGAAAGGUUUGUUGAAGAGUUCGAUGCGACGGAUGUUUUUUUGAAUAGAAUAAGAAUCUUUUAUAAAAAAGGAAUUCAAGAUUUAAAAGUUACAUUAAAUCGAUAUACAACGUUUAAACAGUAUAGAAAUAAUUUACAAAAUAAAGUUUCAAGCGCCAUCAACAACAUAAAAAAUGUAAAAGUGGAAUCAAAUAAGUAUUGUAGUUCUAUAUAUCUUGAUGAGAAAAUAUUUUUUAUUGUUCAUUUGAGAUAUAUUUAUUUACGUCAAACUGAAACUUCGGAAAUUAUUGAACGGUUUUAUAGCUUUAUCAAAAAUCGUUUAAAAACGUUCUUGAACGAUGUAAAAGUUAUGGGGCUAUUGACUGCGCAAGGUUUAGUAGAACGCUAUUUUAAAGACUUUGAUGGCCUAAAAGAUAUGGUAAACAGUAAAAGAUCUUUUUUAAAGUCUAUCAGUACUCAAAUUGAGGGAGUAUCAUUACCAAAACAAAAUUCUAGUAUUUUGUUUGGUUUAUUAGCUGAAUGUGAUACGUCACUGUGUAACACUGCUAGUGUAAUGGAAUGCAUUCUUCAACAGUUCGAUUUCCAUCGCGAACGUUUAAUUUUUUUUCAUGCGGCUACAGAUUCUCUAUUUUUUAAUUUUGAUCUAAUCGAGAACGUUCUAAGAAAUAUAUCAUAUUUCAAAUCUUCCUUAAAUCUUUUAAGGAAAAUGAAAAAAAAAUUUAACGGUCAAUUAGAUUUUAUAAAUAUGUUGUUAAGUAUGUCGUUUGUUGUUCCCAGAACAGAAACAAGUCAAGUGGCGAUUAAAAAAAAAAAAGUACGCGAUAAAGUUAAAAUGUUACAACUUAUUUUCAUUCGUACAGAAGCAAUCUACGAAAAUUGUGUACUGCGAAACUGUGUCAGCAGUCAAAAAGUCGAAAACUCUAUGAACCCUAAAAGUAAAUAUUUCAUGUUUAAUAAUAAAUGUAUUAAAAAUUUAAUCAAUAAUAAUUUACCAGAAUACAUAAAGGAUACACAAGUUGUUCAAGUUGUCGCUGAUACCAACGACAAUCAUGCAGUAGGUGUUUACAUGAACGAUGACGCAGAUAAUAAUCAAGCUACAUGUGAUAAAAAAAUGCCUAAGAUAAAUGCGUUGCUAAGUGAGUCAAGCGAAUGUUUACUAUUUUGUCGACACUGGGAAAGUGAGUCAAGCGAAUGUUUACUAUUUUUUCGACACUGGGAAUGGGAAGAACAACAUAAAAAUAUUGUUUUAGAUUUACACGAAAAGAAAUACGGUAUUAAUGAAGAGCGCGUGAAACAUCGUGUUAGAAUAUCUAAAUCGGUUUUUCAUAAUGAAAAAAAUAAUAGAUUUCCGAAUGUAAAAAAUCAAACACGUAUACAAAAAAAUGAUAUUUCUUGCAAAAAAUCUUUCGUAACAUUUGAAUGCGCUUGCAAAAUAAAACAUUUCCAUUUAUUCAUAAAAGAAUUUUUUCAAUUUUUACCCGAAACUAAAAAGAGACUUAUUAAUUGUUAUGCAGGCUUUACUGACACAUGCAAUUUAUUGGCUUACCGCAGUCGACCUUUUAUUGACACAUAUAGUUUAUCGAUUCACCACAGUCAAUCUCAUUUUACAAAGAAUCAAAAAUUUGCAUUUAAAUUAAAACUGUUAAAGAAAACAUUUAUUAGACAGUUGGACCUGGAUACAUUAUUUCCGAUCACAACUAUGUGUGGUCCAAAUACAAUUAAAAGUUAUUGUGCAUUUGAAAUCAUAAAUAGCUGCAUAUGCUUAAAAAAGCAUAAAAAUAAAAAAUUAGAUUUUGAAGAAAUAAAAAAUAAAAAAGAUUUUAAAUUUUCAGGAAAUCAAAGAGAACAAUUUUCUUGUGGAUUAAACUCGAAUAAAUACAACAGCAUUCAAAUAAACGAGUUACUCGGCACUAAAACUCUCAUUCAGAAAUUCGCAGAUGGUUUUGCAGCAGAUGUGGUAUGUAUUCAAGCAUGGUUACUUCAAAAUAAAAGCAUUUUUUGCAAAGAGAACUUUUUGAAUGAAGUAAACAAACUUUUACAACUUUACCGGUCACAAAAAGACGGCAAUACUUAUGUGCAUCAUUUAUUUAAAAAAGAAUUCAGCGUUUUAACGGAGUUACCCUGCGUUAAGCAAGAACAUGCCCAAUGUUACAUUAAUGGAGUUCUGCAGUGUAAUGAAAUAUUAAACAUAGCAAACAAGGAAAGCCUUAGUGAAAAACAAACGAUUUUUAUUUUUCUUAAUCAAGUAAUUGAUUAUAUUGGAAUUGACUUGUCUAAAAUGCAUGAGCGGGAAAGUAGUCUAAACAAUGUUUAUUCUUUAAAACAUUCUGUGCGUGAUAUUUUAUCCCAAGCAGAAAAGAUUAACCGUGUUGUUGAUAGUCUUUCAUUGGAUGAUAAAAAAGCACUUGUUACAGUGCAAGAAGUUUGUAUUGUUAAAGAAGCGAUUAUAAAUGCUUCAUUAGCAUUCGCUGAACUACUAAAGUGCAAUGAUAGCUUAUAUAUGCGCCGGCACAAAAUUAAAAAUGCGGAUAGCUGUUUUAAAGAGUACGGUACGCAAUCCAAUAACAACAUUCUUCCGCAUUGCUGUACCUUAACGAUAUCCCAACGAGCUUGUGAGAGCGAGUUAAAAGAUGCUUCCUGUAAUAACAUUUUGAUGCAGGAAGAUUUAGAAAUAGUUCAGAAUCAGUGUAAAAAUGAAAUAACCAAAUUCUUUGAAAUAGAAGACAUACCAGACGCUACAGACCAUUAUUUGGUUCAACAUACGAAGGAACGUCUAAGUUCAAUUGAUAAUGAAUUAGAUAUUACAUUUGGAACUGACUUGGAAGAAGAUUUUUUUUUUUAUGAUUUUGAAGAUAAAAUUAUUGUGCAAGAUACUAGCGUAGUAUUUGGCGAUGAUUCGGAGUUUUUAUGUUCUCCGAAUAAGAAACAAAUAAUUGAUGAGGGAGAUUCGAUUUCAUUUUAUUCUUCUAAUUGUAACAAACAUUUUAAUCUUAGAUAUAAACUUGAUUUUGAUAAUUGUGAAAAAAAAGUGUAUAAAAAUGAUGCAAGAAGAAGCAGCACGAGAAAAGAAGGUUUUACCAAUUCUAUAUUCGAAUCAAUUGCAAACAGUUUUGAGGAAAAUUCAUUUGAAUCGGCUUUUAAAGUCGGUGCGUUGUUUGACAAUUCUCACGAAUUGAUUUUCCAAACAAAUGAAGAUUUUGAGCCAAUGGGAAUCUUUGAGCCAGAUUUAAGCGACUGUAGCCACGCUCGAUUUAAUAUUGAGAAACUUCCGCCUUAUUCACUACAACCAUCAAGCGGAAAGGAAAUAAACAAGAUGCAUUACUCUGAAAGAACUACCAACCUCUUACGCAGUGCUCAAGACCAACUUUAUGAAAAUCUCUCUACAUGUUUAUCCGAAGGAGUUACUGAAUUUGAUGUUUUUGAAAAAAUAUCUGACGAAAAUAAUAAUACGAAGGUUGAGAAGUAUGGUAAAUUAAAAUGCAGCAUUGAAAGUUUAAACGCAGAGCUUAAGGAAUUUUUUAAAACCCUAGAAGAUGGUAACAUCAGCUAUUUACCCAACUUUUGUCAAAGCUGGAAUAUUAUAUCAUCAUUGUACCGUCAGGUUAGCAACAGUAAACACGAAUUUGGUUCAAAAUCAAAAAAGUGUGGAACAAAAGACCUUCAAAAAAUGUUACACUCUAUUGAACAAAAUCUUUUUGAAGCCUGUGAACUUUGCGAAUCACAUUUGCUACCUAUGAUUGCUGGUAUUUAUUCAAAUUUAAUAGUAAUCUCGGCGUCAUUUGAACAAAUAGAGGACCAGUUUCAAACCUACGACACACUGUUUGUUGUGGAAAAAGAUGAAAUCGAUAACAUAGUGAGCUUUAACGAAAAUGUUCAAAAAUAUAUCGAUAACGCGUUGAUCCUCGUAAACGUUUGGAGGCAGUUAGAGAUACACGAAGAAACAUUUGAUAAAAUUAUUGGUAAUGUUUUAUUCUUAUGCUACCGAAUAGAUUCUCUUCUUGAAAAUUUGCUUUCUAAGCAACUUUUUGUUGAAGACGAGUAUAUGCAGAAUGUCCAAGACUUACAUACAGAAGUUGCAUAUAUAUCGAAUUCAUCUGUUUGUGAGUUAUCGGAAACUCUUUUGGAGUCUCACUUCAAACAGUUAUUUUGUCUUCAGUCAAGAGUAGAGUUGCAUAAAAAUCUUGACUUAGCACCAGAGAUGCUAUUAACAAUUCAGCGUGCUCUAGAAGCUAUCAAACUAAAUAUACAUAAAAAUCGUGAUCGCUCUUCUUCUGCUUCUUCCUCUCCUGCUCAACAUAAGUUAAUCAAUGUAAAGCCCCAACAUCAUGGUUUAACAGAUUUUAAAGGAUACAAAGGUAAAUCUCCAAGAAAUACGCCAUUGAACGAAAAAAAAAACUAUAAUAACGCAAUACACACCAAAAAUGGCGUCUCUUCGUUUCACUUCAAACCUUUUCAUAUACCUAAUGAUGACUAUGAAAUGAAUUGCGUUUUAGUAGACAAUUUUUGUGAUGAACCGGAGGCAUCUUGCAAUUCUAAAAAUAAUGGACUUCUAUUAAACGAUAGUUCAAAUGUCAGUUGGGCUUCUUUCAUUAAUAUUGCUGAAAACAGUGAAAGUAAAUUUUCUGAGCCAAGUUCAUUUAGUGAUUCAUUAGAAACACUAGAUGCACCUUUAUCACUGGAUAAAGGUGUAUCUAUCACACCACUAACAGAAGUAAAUAGCGAAAAUAUACCUGUAGAAUGUACUGAUGUAUCAUUGGAUUGGGAUUUUGUAGAUGAUGUUGAUUCGUUUCGAAUCAAUCCCUCUACUCCAGAAAAUCAGAAAAAUCAAAGUUUUGAAAAUCAAAAUCAAAAACAAUUUUUACCAAGUCUGAACAAAAAUUUAGAUUUGAGCGAAAUAAAAUUUAAAUGCCACGAGAAAGAAAUACUGCCAGAUUCUUUGUACACACUAAAAACAUACCAAGUUAUUAUGGAACCUGAUGAUGAUUCCUAUUCAGUUAAUAGCCUAAACAAACCUUUUAAGAAUUUUAAUCAAAAAUCUAAUAAAACUUCUACUCAUUCCGUAGAAGUUUCAGAAUAUUUUGAGCCUAAUAAGGAAACAAAUUGUUAUGAAACUAAUCAUGAUCAUUCUGAGAUUGAAGUAAGAUCAUUCGAAGUAGCAACUAAUACAUUUGUUGAAGAUGUUUUAGCGUCAGUUUUAAAUGACGUAAAUCUAAAACCUGAUAUGACUGGAUCUCUAAUAAACGCUGAACAUGAUGGUCCUCUUCAAAAUGUCGAUCCAGUUGAGUCUUUUAAAACAAAUAAAACCUUAAAUUUAAUUCAAGAUGAAUCCUUAAUUUCGUUUAACAAUUUAUCGCCACACACCUGCCCUAUAGAUAUUUUUCUUAAGUUACCGGAACUUGAACAAAUCGUUAAUGAAGAGAAAAACUCUGAAGAAACUACACUAAAAAAUCAUAUUUCAAGUGCGGAAACUAUUUUAAUGGUAGAAAAUAAUAAUUUAUCAACGAAAGUUAUUGAAACCAUAGAUGAUUCCAAUCACGAAGAUUUUGAUAAAAUACUCCUGGCUCAGAUGUACAAUCAAGUUUCUCAACCUUUAUCUCCAAAAUUAGUUACAGAAUUGCCAGAUUCUGUCAGUUUACAUCCGGAUAAUUCAGGUGUUCAAAGUUGCAAUUUUUCUAUAGUAAGUAAUGAGUUUAGUGAGCCAACAGAAAGUGCGAUUGUAAGUAACGACUUUAGCGAGCCAACAAAGAGUGUAUAUGUAAAUUGUUUGCAGACACACAAAUCUUGUUUAAAUAAAUCUAAAGAGAGUCAAAAGAGUCGCGGUUUAUCUAUUCUUGAAGAAUUAGAAGACUGUUUAAGCAAUGAAGUAGUCGGUAUAAAAAGUGACGUGAGUUCCAAUAUUGACGGAAAGCCCAUUUUUUAUGCCAACUCUGUUGAUAGUAUUUGUGUUGAUGAAUGUAAUACUGAAUGUGGUGAUGAUUUAGGGCGUCCUUUGAUUUUACCAUCGCUAAACCAAUCAGUUUCAAGAAUUGAAAACCUGAAACAUGCUAAAGUUAAUAUGAACGUUAUCGCAAUGGAUUUUACUGUGUCUUGUUCUGCCGAUACUAUUGCUACACCUUAUGUUUCUUCGUACAAUAUUACUGAUCAAGAUAUGAAUUUAUAUGUAGAACUUACGAAAGCAGAGGAAAUGCAAGAAAUUGACCAACUUUUUAAAAACGCCACUUUAGAAUUGCAAAACAGCUUAAAUACUAGUAUGAAAUGCAUUCCAGACUCAGCGGAAGAGCAAUCGACAGCUUUGCAAUACAAAUACGAAUCGCUUACUUUGCCCCGAGCAUCAUCUCCUAUAUCAAUGGCAAACUGUUUAGUUAAAGCAGUUCAGACGAAAGAAAUAUCGAAUAAUUUUGAAGAUUUUGAAGACGAACAAAGUUUUUUAUCCACUAAUGAUUCUUCUUUUUAUGUAAGUUUGCUAAUGAAGCAAGAAAAAAGUUAUCCAAUCGAUAAUAAUUUUGCAGAUCAACCUUAUAAAAACCUAGCUGAUCCAAUGCUCAACGAGUUUGAACAAAAGGCACAAAUUUGUAUGGAAUCCAUGAUUCAUAUUUCAAACAUGAUGAGUAUACAGUCGCAAAACGAAGAGGACGAUGAGAAUUAUUUUAUGACUAAACUGAAACUUCUCUCAUACUUUGGGUUUCAGCAAUCAAACAAUGAUUCUUUAAACAUUAUCGGUAAACAAAUUCAAGAAGCAUACGGUGUUGAAUUAAAAGAUCGAAUUCAAGAGAAGCUUGACGUGGUAAACAUUUAUUGGAAAGAUCUGCAAGACAAAGCUAUAUAUGUAGAAUGUAUGAAUUCGAAAGGCUUAAGAUCUGCUCAAGACGAAGAUGUUUCUAACCAGUUAUCAAAUAAAAGAGUUCCAUCAAAUACUUUGAACGAGUUUAAUGGCUUUGCCGAAUCAUGGCAACAGGUAGAUGAUUACCAAAUACAAUAUGCCAAGAUAUUUUUUUUAUUGACUUCAUAUAAUAACCGACUGACAAUUGAGAAUAUAGAAAGUGAAGAAAAAACGAGGACGAAGACAGACGUAGAAAAGCUGAAAAAUGAUUAUUAUUCAGCCCAAUAUUUAAUAUUCGACAUGUGUUCGCAAGUUAGUCUUUUAGAAAAACUUGGGCAGAUUUACGAUGAAAUAGAAAGUCCAAGCGAUUCGCUAAAAUAUCAUCACACUCAUAUAUUUGAUUUUUGGGAGCAUAUUCUUCAUAAAGUUGCUUCAAAAACAGAGGAGCUCUACAAGUUUUUGAAAAGUCAACAAAAAGAACUUUCAAACCACGAUUUGUGUCGAAGAUGGCUUUUUGAACUCGAAUCAUGCCUUAAUGAUACCAAAGAUUUGCUUUUACUGCAACCGACCGAUUUUAAAUGCGAAACCAUAAAAAUGACGUUUGCAUAUUUAGCAAAAACUCUCGAAACAAACUUGAGAAUGGUUAAAUUAAUAACGCUCAACCAAAGUGCUAAUGUAGACAAAUGCUCAGAUCUUUAUAUCGAUGUUAUCCAUAUUAUGCAAUUCGAUCCUAAUAUCGUGAAUACCUUAGAAACAAAAAUAUCACAAAAUAAAUUUAUACCAUCUAUCAUAUCAUCUCCAGAAUUUUUUAUCUUGUCUAGUUGUCGUAAUCAAAAAUAUAGUUUAGUCCAUGGAAUUUCCUUUUUUGAAAAGGAAAUGGAAUCCUUUUUAACAUAUUUAUCAGAAACCAUUAAAACUGUAGAAUCAGCGCAGGUUGAUAUUGCAAGCGAUGUUGCUAGCAAUUCAACUACCAUAAUAACAAACAUAACGCGUUUUCAGACAUUCUUACAGAACAUCAAGGUAAAAGAGUUACCAUUAAAACAUGUGUACUUCGAGUUACAAAAAUUGAAUCCGGAGCUAGAUGAAAGAUACGCAAAAAUGAUUAAAAAAAGUGAAAAAGCGUAUCAAAAGUGUUUAGCUAUACUUCAAACUCUCGUUUGUGUUUUUUUACUUAUCAAAUCGGUAAAUAAGCAACAAAAACACUUAAUUACUUGGCUUCUAAAGUUCGAGAAGCAUUUAGAGUAUUUAGUAAGCAAACCAGAACGAUGUAUAGACGAUGCUAUGAGAAAGCUAGUUAAUAUCUCAAAUAUUGCUCGACGUUUCCAUGUUAAAUCCUCUACUAAAAACAAGGCGAUUGAAGACACAAAUCGUCUUAGUGACUUACGAAACGACGCUAACAAACAAGAUUUUGUUUUCAGAAUAUCAAAUGAUUGGAAUCGUAUUGAAAAACUUCUUGAAAAGGAAAAAAACAGACUAGAUUCUCUGACCUCCAAUUGGAAAGAGUUAAAAUUUUUAGCUCAAAAUCUUGAGCAAGAUGUGGCAAGAUUUUUGUUAACUGUUGAUACUAGCAUAGAACACAUAACUGUUGAACAUAUAACGCUAGAACGUGAGUUGUUAAUGAAAGUUAAAAAACAAUUGAGGAAGAAAGAGAAAGUUAGAGAACAACUUAAAGUGCUUCGUGAAAAAAUUAUAACGCACAUACUGGAAAACUCAUGUUCUGUAAUCGAUGAAAGGCUUUCCGUCAUAGACUCUAUGUGGUUUGAAUUACAGUCGAAAAUAUCCGACAGGCUGAGAGUUUUAUCAGAUGUAAAAAACAAAAUAGAAUGGGUUGAGAUCAGCGAGGCUAUGCGAGAAGUUACUAAAUGCAUAAGCAGUAGCGAGGAGUUAAUGGAAAUAUACGCGUCACCGGUAUCUCUUACUCCUCGUGAAAUCGAAGAGGGAUUAUUACUGCUCUCCGACUCUUUAUUUAAACUCGAAAAAGUGCAACCAAUUAUACAUAGAUUGGAUAACUACGACACAUUGUUGAUGAAAGAUAAUUUUCGUGAACAAUUUAUUCUAAUUAACAAUAAGUACGAAUUGCUGUGCAAAAAUAUUAACGAGCGAUUGAAUUUGCUCAAAAUUUACCUUGAAAAUAUACGCGCUCAUGAAAAUUUUAUUAUUGAAUGUGAAAAACAGUUAGAUGAGUUAAAUACUGUAAUAGACAAAAUUAAGCAUCUGACUUUUACCGAUGCGUAUAACGAUGAAUACAAGGAACAACUUAAGAUUACAGACGAAGCUAUUAGAAAUAUUUCAAAUCGCAUACACGAUGUUGAGUCUGAAACUGAAAAUCGAAACAUUACUGACUUUACGAGAGCUAGAAUCAAUGCGUUAAAUGAUCGACUGAAAUCAUCUAAGUUAAAAUUUUUAGAAAUCGAAGCUAAAGCAAAAAGUUACUCUGAAUACGGAACAUUGAAUAAUGAACUAUCAAAUGUUGAAGAUUUUUUGAAUGAAUCUAAACUUUUUUUGAGCAGUUUAAUGGGUGCGAACAUAUACGAUUUACCUUUUCUUUCUAAACGCUUUAAGGAAAUUCAACUAGAGUUACCUCGUAAGCUUGCGUAUCUAGAAAAUUUAAAAGAAAAGUUAACAAGCACAGAACUUUCUGAUACCGAAAACAAUCUGUUAUUUUUAAAUGAAACACUUUCAGACGAGAUGCGAAAGUUUGGCGUUCUACUCGAUAAAAAACAGAACGAUUUUGAAAUUGCUGUUUCUUCCAUACGCCAGUUUGAAUUAGAUUAUAACGAGUUGGAAAAGUGGCUUAACGAAAAAGAAAUGGAGUAUGACAGUUUACUAAAGCAUGCACAUUUAUCAUCUGAUAUUGACAAAGUUAUAGAUAGCUGCAAGAAGCUGCAAGCAGACCUUCCAGUAUUUUCGACGUUCUCCUCUAGUAUGACAUCUUUACUGUCUAAUAACAACUUGAGCAGCGGCUUUGCUGAAAUAAGUUUAAACCAGUUGAAUGUAAGAUUUGACGUUUUACAGGAGCAAACAAAUCUUCUUUGUAAAAAGUUUUGUCAAAUAAAGCAGAACUAUUCUUCCAUCAUUAAACUUUUUGAAAAAACGUCUUCAUUUGUAGAAAGUUGUAAGGCUCAAACACUUGACUAUGAAGAAUAUUCUUUUUCUGUGCAGUCUAAUUUACCCCAGUGCAUUGAAAUGCAAAAAGAAUUACAAGAAAUACUAAAACUACACGACCUAGAUAGCUACAUUGAAGUGCAAGCGAGUACAUGUCUUGAGAAAAUUGAAACUACGUAUUCACAGUUGACAAAAGAGCUUCUUAUUAUUGAACAAGUUAAUAAACUAUUGACGUCAUUUGAAAAUGAAUUCAAAAAAAUACUUGCAGACAUUGAGCUAUUGAAUGAACUUAUCCAGAAAAAUCAUUCCAUUGAUAAAGUUCAGGAUUUUAAAGAAAAUGUUAAUCGAAAGUCUGAAAGCAUACACGAAAUAAAUAAAAAUAUAAUGAAUUUGAUAAGAGAUGCAAUAUGGGCAUCGGAUAUUCGAUGUCGACAGGAAUCGUGCAUGUCAUUGUUAAUAAAAAAGCUUAACCAAAUACUCAUUUCGGAUGAACAAAAUAAUAAGCAACAAUUCGAGCAUUUGAUUGAUGCAGAUGAAUCAGCUAAAACAAUCUUGAUUUGGCUGGAAGACGCGGAGGCAAAGUUAAUAGAUAUGGGAAAUCGAAUAAAAUUGUCAAAUGUUGCUAUUUUAAAAGCAUGUUUUGAAGAAUUAAAGAAUCUUAAAUCUGAGAAACUACAACACCAAAAAAUAUACAACGAUUUAAUGAGACAAUUCAACGACAUGCACGAAUCAAGUGAGCUUGAAAAAAUUAAUCCGGCUAUAUCUAUACAAGGAUUGUGGUCUAAAAUAGAAAAAUUAAUAAGCAGGUGUUUUGAUGACAUAAAAGAGGUAUUGUUGAUAUGGGCAGAAUAUACGGAAAAUAUUAAGGGGUUGAUAUAUUGGUUAAGAUCAAGUGAAAACAUAAUAAAACAGCCUCUUCAUAAAUUGUCUGCGAAACAAUUGAACAAUGAGUUUUUUAUAUUACAGAAAAUAUCAAAUGAGUACGAUGCUCGCCAUGCUUCUCAAACAACUCUGAAACCGCUUGUGGCACGCUUAUCCAAGUUAACAUUGCAUGAAGAUAAGUUAUUAUUAAAGCAACAACUUACGUGUUUCAAUCAACUUUGGGCAGCCACAAAAUCUUCUUUAAAUAAAAAGAAAGUUGAGAUUGAAAAACUCAUUGAUUGGUUAAAAUCAUUUUCUCAUCAAAAAAAAAUUAUACUUGCGUGGCUAGAAGAAGUUGAAAAUUCAAUUUUUUUAAGUGUCAGUCCAGAUAAACAUAGAGGGGGAACUCUUCAGAUAUACAAAUCUGAUGUUAUUCGUUAUGAUAAAGUUCGUGAACAACUGAAGCUUAUUGCAGUAAAAGUAAUCAGUCAUGCUCCAGCAUGUGAAUUUUCAGAGGAUAUUAAUUGUUUUAUUGUUGAGCUAGAUAAUCGAUGGCGAUCAUUAUGUGAAAAGCUAGGUCUUGCUUACCAAGGAGUCGAAGAAGCGUUGUUUUUAUUAAAGUUACUAGAAGAAAUGUUAAAUAUGCUAGAGAAAUGGCUUCACGACAUCUCCAAAAGAAUUGAACAGAUCGAACUAUAUACUUGCAACAUCGAUAGCAUCCAUAUUUACAUACAAAACCUUGAGGUGAUGAUUAACGAGUUUAUUAACCGAGAAAAGGAUUUUGUUUCAGUUUGUGAACUAUGUAAAAAAAUUCAAAAAUCUCCUGAGGCCUGCUCUUAUGCAGAAGAUUUAAAAGUUCUUCUUGAGUGUAGUGAAGGAUUCAAAAUUAAAUGGCAUGGAAUUCGUGAAAAGUGUCGUAUGUAUAAAACGAUUUUAGAAAACCGCGAAGAAGUAUACCGUCAAUGGGAAAACACAGCAGACGCUAUUAAAGUUUGGCUCGUCCAACAUACUAACAACAAUAGCACUAUUGCAAAUGUCCAAGCGUACGAUACAGAUAACUAUAGAAUUUUGGACUUGUUUAAUCAGCUCCAAAAUUGCCGUAAUUAUCUUCUUCGCAAUAAUUGUGACAAUAGCUCGCUUAAAAUAACAAAAGCAACCGAAGAAUUAAGCGAAAGCUUGUAUUGUGUAAACUAUAUGUUUUUAACAUUUCAAUGUUCAUCAAAUGAUAUAAAUAAUAAUAUUUCCAACAGCGACAAUAAAUGUCAAGAAAAUUACGUCAAAUAUCUUAAGACGGAGCAGGAAGUUGAAAACUGGCUCUGUGAAAUAGAAAUUCAAAUGAUUCAACUGAGACCAUAUAUUUUUGAGCAAGAUGAAAAAGCAUUAUUUGAAAUAAGAAGAAUUAAAGACGAGAUGGAAAAAAAAUCUUCAAUCGUUGAGGAAUUAAACUUGCAAACUGAAACAAUGAAUGGAUAUGUUGAAGAAAACAUAAUGGAAAUCAAUCAUCGUUAUCAAAAGGCAUUGAAGGAUUUAAAAUUGUGGAUUUCAAAUUAUGACAAUGACCCUGACCUAACCUCCUAAGACAUUUAUUUAUUACGUUGGAUAUAACUCCACUGGUGUUUAAUACUUUUAGUUCAGCUUUUUGUUGAUAUAAAGUUACGAUUUUUAGUUGUUAAUGCUAGGAUAUCUGUUCUAACAGAUGUUGUUAUCGUCCAUCUGUUGAUGGAAAAAUAUUUAUGCUUAAAGCAAUUUAAUAUUGGGAAAUUAAUAAAUUUAUUUAUUGACA